AUGAGUGGUAGAAUCCCUUCCUUUAGGAAAGCUGGACGGUCCAACUUGGAGGGGUGUUUAAAAAUUGCACAGCAUGGAAUCGACAAACAACAAAAGUAUUGCGGACAGUCAACAAAGACUCGACAAACUAAAUUUUACCUUGUAGGAGCUGGAAUCUUUACCGGAGUUACAGUAGCAUUGCACCCAGUCUCUGUUGUAAAAACUAGGCUUCAGGUUGCUUCAAAGGACACUGUUGACAGAAACGCCUUUUCAGUUAUCAGAGGAAUACUGAAAACAGAUGGAGUCCCUGGUCUCUAUCGAGGGUUUGGAACAGUCAUCACCGGUGCGAUUCCUGCCAGGGUGAUAUUUCUAACUGCUCUGGAAACUACGAAAGUAGCUGCUUCCCGUAUGGUUGAACCAUUUAAGUUUUCUGAACCCACACAAGCCGCUAUAGUGAAUGGAAUUGCUGGAAUGACUGCAUCUCUUUUUGCUCAAGGUGUUUUUGUUCCAAUUGAUGUGAUUUGUCAAAAGUUGAUGGUACGAGGAUAUUCAGGCCAUGCAAAAUACAUUAUAAAGUUUGAUGGAAUCCGAGGGUUAUACAGAGGAUUUGGUCUGUCUGUCAUGACUUACUCUCCAUCGAGUUCUGUAUGGUGGGCUAGUUAUGGUUCAAGCCAACGGUUUAUAUGGGGUUAG